UUAUGAAGUAAGCAAGCCGAUACAAGAUAAAGUGAUAGGAAGAAACGAACUUGGCGAAUAUACCGGAUGUUUUGGACAAGUUGUUAAUUCGGAAGCGGACAUCCUUUUCAGGCAUAUAUUUCUUACUUACGAUCGAACUCAGGUAUCCGACUUUUCUACAACUGUGUCCAUACACCCAAACACUUUUCUCUUAAUGGUUCCAGAAACGAAACUUACUUGGAACGCACUCUUCCGACCGUUUUCCAUUCAGAUUUGGCUGUUAAUCUUUGCAUCUUUUAUCACUUUUGGAUUUGCAUUGUAUUUUAUGAUCCGCGCCAAUUAUAAAAUAAUGGGAAAAGCCUAUGGAUUAUCGUUCAGAAAAAUAUUUUGGUUUCUGUUUUCCACGUUGAGUAAUCAAGAAAGUAAUAUUUUAAACCAAGUUAAUCAUUAUUCACUUCGAUUAACGAUUGGAAGUUGGUUAUUAGCAGUUUUAGUAUUAUUAUCCAGCUAUGGCGGAUGUUUGGUGUCCUUCCUUACUGCUUCUGAAGAACAGUCAAUACCGAAAAAUUUUCAAGAAAUGGCAUCUGCAGUCAAAAAGGGAGAUUAUGAAUGUGGAAUAUAUGCAAAUGUCGCUGUUAGAACCUUUAUAAUGGAAUCGAAAACAGGAGAUGGGUCGAUAUUAAAAGAACACCUUACAUUAAAUAAUAAUUAUUUCACUGAAAUGGAUGUAGUCAUCACACAUUUACAGAACCGGAGACUUGCUAUUAUAUCAAAUAUGUCUAAACUGAAAAAAUUAAAACAACAGCUACGAGGAAAAGUUUUUAUUUCUGACGAUGCACUUCUAGUGUUUAGUGCAGCGUUUACGAUGAAUAAAGAAUUUCCUUACAAAAGGGAACUAAACACAAUAAUAUCGAACUGGAUUUCAACUGGAGUUGUUGACAAAAUUUAUGGCUUUAAAAAUGACACUGACGAGGAAAUUCCAAUUCAAGCAAUACAACCCUUAAAAUUAGAAGAACUCGGCGGUGCUUUCAUUUUAUUGCUUAUUGGAUAUGCAUUAUCAUUUUCUUCGUUAAUUUCAGAAUUGCUGAUUGCAAAGUUAACAAGAAAGAAGUAA